GGGCGGACCGCGGCUCUGACUUCCAACAUGGCGCACGCUGGCGGCGGCGGCGGCCCCGGGGGCCGGGGGCUGAGUGGCGCCCGCUGGGGUCGCUCGGGCUCCGCGGGCCACGAGAAGCUGCCGGUGCACGUGGAGGACGCCCUCACCUACCUGGACCAGGUGAAGAUCCGCUUCGGCAGCGACCCUGCCACGUACAACGGCUUCCUGGAAAUCAUGAAGGAGUUCAAAAGCCAAAGCAUCGAUACUCCUGGAGUCAUCCGCCGAGUCUCACAGCUCUUCCACGAACACCCUGACCUCAUUGUUGGAUUCAACGCUUUCCUUCCCCUUGGGUACAGAAUCGACAUUCCCAAGAAUGGCAAGUUAAACAUACAGUCGCCUCUGUCCAGCCAGGAGAAUUCGCACAACCACAGCGACUGUGCUGAGAACUUCAAACAACAGCUGCUGUACAAGGAGGACAAACCCCAGGUGCCCUUGGAGUCGGAUUCUGUGGAGUUCAACAACGCCAUCAGCUAUGUGAACAAGAUUAAGACCCGCUUUCUGGACCACCCUGAGAUCUACAGGUCAUUCCUGGAGAUACUGCAUACUUACCAGAAGGAGCAGCUGAGCACAAAGGGCCGGCCCUUCCGAGGCAUGUCUGAAGAGGAGGUGUUCACCGAGGUGGCCAACCUCUUCCGGGGCCAGGAGGACCUGCUCUCAGAGUUUGGACAGUUCCUGCCCGAAGCCAAGCGGUCCCUGUUCACAGGAAAUGGGCCCUGCGAAAUGAACAGUGUCCAGAAGAGUGAGCACGAGAAGAGCCUGGAACACAGCAAAAAGCGCUCCCGGCCCUCACUCCUCCGUCCUGUGUCAGCACCGGCCAAGAAGAAAAUGAAACUGCGUGGCACCAAAGACCUGUCCAUCGCUGCCGUGGGGAAGUACGGGACUCUGCAGGAGUUCUCCUUCUUUGACAAGGUGCGCAGGGUCCUGAAGAGCCAGGAGGUUUAUGAGAACUUUCUUCGCUGCAUCGCACUCUUCAACCAGGAGCUCGUGUCCGGCUCUGAGCUCCUCCAGCUCGUCAGCCCGUUUUUAGGGAAAUUUCCAGAACUUUUUGCACAAUUCAAGUCUUUCCUGGGGGUGAAAGAACUAUCAUUCGCCCCGCCCAUGAGCGACAGAUCUGGGGAUGGAAUAAGCCGGGAAAUCGACUAUUCAUCUUGUAAGCGCAUUGGAUCCAGCUAUCGGGCGCUCCCCAAAACUUAUCAGCAGCCCAAGUGCAGUGGGAGGACGGCCAUCUGCAAGGAGGUGCUGAAUGACACCUGGGUCUCAUUCCCGUCUUGGUCAGAGGACUCCACCUUUGUCAGCUCUAAGAAGACACCCUACGAGGAGCAGCUGCACCGCUGUGAGGAUGAGCGCUUUGAGUUAGACGUCGUCCUGGAGACCAACCUGGCCACCAUUCGAGUGUUGGAAAGCGUGCAGAAAAAACUGUCCCGGAUGGCACCGGAAGACCAGGAUAAGUUCCGGCUGGACGACUGUCUGGGGGGCACGUCGGAGGUGAUCCAGCGUCGCGCCAUCCAUCGCAUCUAUGGGGACAAGGCUCCUGAGAUCAUCGAGAGCCUCAAGAAAAACCCUGUCACCGCUGUCCCGGUCGUUCUCAAAAGGCUGAAGGCCAAGGAGGAGGAGUGGCGGGAGGCCCAGCAGGGCUUCAACAAGAUUUGGCGGGAGCAGUACGAGAAGGCAUACCUCAAGUCCCUGGACCACCAGGCCGUGAACUUCAAGCAGAAUGACACCAAGGCCCUUCGCUCCAAGAGCUUGCUCAACGAGAUUGAGAGUGUCUAUGAUGAGCACCAGGAGCAGCACUCAGAGGGCCGCAGCGCCCCCUCCAGCGAACCACACCUUAUCUUCGUGUAUGAGGACAAGCAGAUCCUGGAGGAUGCAGCCGCACUCAUCAGCUACUACGUGAAGCGGCAGCCAGCCAUCCAGAAGGAGGACCAGGGCACCAUCCACCAGCUGGUGCACCAGUUUGUGCCCAGCCUCUUCUUCUCCCAGCACCUGGACCUAGGGGCAUCUGAGGACUCUGCUGACGAGGGCCGGGGGAGCCCCCAGGGGCAGAGUAUGGAACCUGGUGACCGGAAGAAGCCGGCGCCUGGGCCACAGAGCAGCCCCCCGGUGGAGAAGGGGCCCGCUGGCGAGGGCACCACCCCUGAGCAACAGCCACCGCCGCCACCGCCACCGCCACCGCCUUUACCACCACCCCCACACAAGCCCAUGGAUGACGUCUACAGCCUCUUCUUCGCCAACAACAACUGGUACUUCUUCCUGCGUCUCCACCAGACCCUGUGCUCCCGGCUCUUGAAGAUCUACCGCCAGGCUCAGAAGCAGCUCCUGGAGUAUCGGACGGAGAAGGAGAGGGAGAAGCUGCUCUGCGAGGGCCGGCGGGAGAAGGGCAGUGACCCCGCCAUGGAGCUGCGGCUGAAGCAGCCCAGUGAGGUGGAGCUGGAGGAGUACUACCCGGCCUUCCUGGACAUGGUGCGCAGCCUGCUGGAUGGCAGCAUCGACCCCACGCAGUACGAGGACACGCUGCGCGAGAUGUUCACCAUCCACGCCUACGUCGGCUUCACCAUGGACAAGCUGGUGCAGAGCAUCGCGCGCCAGCUGCACCACCUCGUGAGUGACGACAUCUGCCUGAAGGUGGUGGAGCUCUACCUGAACGAGAAGAAGCGGGGUGCCGCUGGUGGGAACCUGUCCUCCCGCUGCGUCCGCGCCGCUAGGGAGACUAGCUACCAGUGGAAGGCUGAGCGGUGCAUGGCUGAUGAGAACUGCUUCAAGGUGAUGUUCCUUCAGCGCAAAGGGCAGGUGAUUAUGACCAUUGAGCUCCUGGACACCGAGGAAGCCCAGUCGGAGGACCCCGUGGAGGUCCAGCACCUGGCUCGGUACAUGGAGCAGUACGUGGGGACCGAGGGUGCGUCCAGCUCCCCCACCGAGGGCUUCCUCCUGAAGCCCGUGUUCCUGCAGAGGAACCUCAAGAAAUUCCGCAGGUGGCAGUGCGAGCAGGUGCGGGCCCUGUGUGGUGAGGCCAAGAGCUCCUGGAAGCGGCUGGUGGGGGUGGAGAGCGCCUGCAAUGUGGACUGCCGCUUCAAGCUCAGCUCCCACAAGAUGAUGUUCAUUGUCAACUCCGAGGACUACAUGUACCGCCGGGGGACCCUUUGCCGAGCCAAACAGGUCCAGCCCCUGGUCCUGCUGCGGCACCACCAGCACUUUGAGGAAUGGCACGGCCGCUGGCUGGAGGACAACGUGACCGUGGAGGCAGCUGGCCUGGUGCAGGACUGGCUGAUGGGCGAAGAGGAUGAGGACAUGGUGCCCUGCAAGACACUCUGCGAGACGGCCCACGUGCAUGGCCUGCCUGUGACCCGCUACCGCGUGCAGUACAGCCGCCGCCCUGCCUCCCCCUGAUGCACCUGAGCAGCCAUCACAACCCAGUUUGGUGUGGUUGCUUCCUGAGGCCUAGGUGUCCGUCGAGACCAUUUUCCUAAAGCACCCGAGGGAAGGAGAGCGUCCCCCAGCCUUGCUGCUACAGGCUGCCCCUCCAGAGAAGGGGUUGUGUCAGCUUGCGGCCCCACGCUGCCAUCACUCUCAGCUCCCCAGCCUCCUUUGGGCCAGUCCUGUGCCAAGCCUGAACCCCCUGCACUUGAACUUGGGGCUCAGUCCCCAGCAGAAAGGGGAGGAUCCACCCACUGCCUGAGAUGCAAGCAAUUGUGUUCACACACCUGCCAGGCACUUACACCACCUGUGCCAAAUCUCUGGGCAGGGCUGCGCUGGUCGUUUUGUGCACAGGGCAUCUGGGAAAGUCAGUUACAAGCCAUGUGAGGGCACACAUUUGGGAAGGGCUCCCAGCAUAAAAGGAGUUGGGCAAUGCCCAGAUCUGACAGUGUGGGCAUCAGCUUGGCCAAGCACCAGUGCUCAGAUCCUCGUUAUUUUAUAAGCAGGAAGAGCCCUUUUAGCCAAACUGUGAGGUGUGGUGUGGGCAGGGGCAUCAGAAUGGCCCAGAAGACCCCACUCUGGAAAAAGGACCGCCAAACCCUGCAUUGAUCCAGCAGCCGGACUCUGGGUCUGUGGGGGACAGGGCUUGGCCCCACACCCACCCAACGAGUGGCCCAUGUCGGAGGGCUCCAGGGCAGGUCGUGUACCAAGAUGGACACUAGAAUGACAGGUGCACACACUUAUUUAUUCCUUUACGCGCUCAGUGGUGGCAGCUUUUCCAACAGCCACGUCCCAAGGCUUCUAGGGAGUGAGAGCCUCUGCAUUCCCACCCGACACCGCUGUCCUGCAGCUGCCACCUGGCGUGUGUGUAAGGGGCUGGGGCGGCUGUUCCGUGGAGGCGUCCACGGCUUUCUGGGCCAAGAAUGCCAGGCAGUUCGGGCUGGGGACCAGCUCCUUCAAACUCACUGCACACAAGAAGCCCGGGCCGGGUCCUGGCAACAUCGUACCGAGCGGGAUCCUCUGACAGGUGGGCCCGAAGCGGUCCCCGUGCAGCCUCUGCCACCGCAGCCCUCGCCCUCCUGCUGAGCUGUGCCAAGCCCACGGUUCCCGCACAUGGAGGCGUGUGUCUAGAAGUUGCCUGUGGAACUCAAGGUUUGUGACGCCUCUGACGGUGGGCCAAGACUCACUUCUCCCUCCUAGGGUCUCCCUGCCCUGUUUCCUCAAGUGUAACCCAGGCACUUUGAACCCUUGUUUUGUAAGAAGGGAACUUACCAGAACUCCUGCACCAGCCCCGUGAGGCAGCCCCUCUGUGCCUCAGCGGGGGCCUGGGGUGUUUGCCAAACCCCUGAUCCCCUACCCUGCAUGCUUCUAAGGAGCUCUCUCAUUUUUGAAGAAUUUCUCUUCUGGGGCUUGAACUUCUUUUGCAGCUGUUUUGAAUGUAGUUUCCUUUUCUAUUUAUUUGCACAUUAAAGUGAACAAUUAAAUAUUGACCUGAA